CGCAGUGUGCAAGACAUGUGUGGGUAAGAAAGUACGACAAAAACGCCUUAAACCUGCUCAAGACUCAAGCCCAAGACUAUGUAGUUGUGAUACACAACUUCCUCAAGACGUUUACCGAGACUGUAACACGAUUUAAGACACCAUGACGUCGGUACUAAGGUUUCUCGGCAGCCAGGCUAGCACAGUCCUUUCCCAACUCUGCCCGGCGGGCGCCCGUUCACUUUUUACGUUCUCGCGAUCCAGUCCUCUGGUCAACACUCUAGUCCCCAUCCGCGCUUCACAUCUGCGUAAAAGGAAACGGGUGGACCCUAAGAUCGAGCAGGCUCGAGAAGCCAGGCUCAAGAAACGGAUUAAGCGGCUGCUGAAGAAGGAUAAGGAGAUGGUGGCGAUUGAAGACUUCUUCGUGAUGCCGAGUUUGCUUGAGGAGGUCCGGGAAAGGCCGCCGGUUGUUGUUUCUACUGAGGAGCAGGAGAGGAGGGCUGCGCUGGAGAAGGAGUGGGCACGGUUUAGGAGACAGCAGCACCUGACAGAGGAGGCAGCGAUCGUUGCCAUGGUAACGUCCCAGCAGCGAGCCCUGGAGGAACUCCGAGCCGAGUCUGAAGAACUCUUCCAACAAGCCGUGCAGGUGGACCCCCUGCUGAUCCCCUACCAGCGACUAGGACCUACAGAGACCCCCCCUCUACCCACAUAUGACCCCCCUGAUGGAAAAUAUGUUGACCUCACACCAGUGGAAUGAACCACACUGAACAACAGUUUCAACCCUUCAAGGGAAAAAUUAAGUCAGAAUAAAGUGAACAUUAAACAUUCAAGUCUUGUAAGGGUUAUAAUUAGAACUACUCGCUGUUCAAAUCAUAUAACAACUUACAUGUGCAUCAUAUAAUGGCGGAUCACUAGCCAAUAGAAGCCAUCUUUCCUACGAGUUGUUUCCCAAGAUCUACUCAAUGCCUCCCCCUCCCAAUGAACGAACUUCAACAUAGAUUUAACAAUUUUCACAACACCGUGCGUAUCUUGUAAAGCGAUAUCAAUAUCACUUUCCCCCAAUCUGAACCAUAUACAUGUACAUAUAUGUAACUAUGGAUGAUGAUAUAUCCAGGAACUUUGUUAAGCAAUGCUCAUACGUAUACACUUGAAGUCAGCGUAGAUAAUUUCAAUGAAAACGAUAGUAGACAAAGACACCAAUAAUUCUGAUUAUUAAAAAGAUACAAGGGAACUCACUGAUGAUUUUAAAUCAUCAGCACAUGAAAGCUAGAUAUUGACAAAGUUUAAAAAUUAUAAUACAUUUAUAGCACUUAGAAUACGUCUUUCAGCUUGUAGAUUAAGAUAUAUUUGCCUUAAAAUGUGUUAAAAAUAAAUGUAUAAUUGUUUCCUUCCUAUUCAAGUGAUUAUGACCUACAUUAGAUUUAGAAUAAAGAAAACUAUCUU